AAAACAAUGAACUCCCUCAUGUUUUUUAAUUUACGGCACCGCAAUUUUCUCAUAUGUUUUAUUGCUAGCUCACAGAAAGCAGAUAGCCAAAACGUACGAGAGAAAUUUUGUAUUCUGCCUGUAUCAUACAAUUGCUUUGUUUCUCAGUUCUGUGUAAUAACUGCACAUAUCUGCUGUUUAGUGGUCUGAAUUGUUUGCCAACGGUACUGAAGCUAGCUGGCUGUCAUAAUCAUCAACACAAGAGACAGCAAGAAGACAAUAUAGCAAUCGUUACUGCAAAGCUGACAUAAUGGCAUCGUUGGCUGCACACGAGCCGAGUAUAAGCCCAAAUUCGAUACCAGUCCUCGCAGACGCUCUGAUGCCCGCGAGCAUUUUCGCUCCGGAUGGAGGAGGUUGUGGAGAUCAUGACGCCGGGGAAGAGUGCUUCGAGGACGGUGACCUCUUCAACGGCGAGACCGGGGAUCUCGGUAUUGACUUCACUAGCAAGUUGGCCCUGGUCAGCCCAAAUGGAGAGCAGUAUGACUCGUUACUACGACAACUCCGGGAGAGGAUGGACGAGGGUUGUGGGGAGACCAUCUACGUUGUUGGGAUGGGCUCAGAUGGAGGUGACUAUGGUCUGGAUGAGGGAGACAUGGAGGCGUCUGUAGCCACAGUUCAGUCCCUGUGUGAGCAGACAGAGUCAGAGUUGAUCCUGCUGAGGGAGCGUAUCGAAGCUGGGGGGCAGGUACGCGACUACCUCAUCCGCCGACGCGUGGGUGAUCAAGACUUCCUGGAGGUCAGGGUAGCGGUGGUGGGUAACGUGGAUGCAGGUAAGAGCACCCUGCUGGGGGUGUUGACCCACGGGGAACUGGACAACGGCAGGGGGUUCGCCCGCCAGAAACUCUUCAGACACAAACACGAAAUGGAGAGUGGCAGGACCAGCAGUGUGGGGAACGACAUCCUGGGCUUCGACCAGAAGGGACAGGUGGUGAAUAAGCCAGACAGCCAUGGUGGCAGUCUAGACUGGACUAAGAUCUGUGAGAGGUCCUCUAAGGUCAUCACCUUCAUAGACCUAGCUGGACAUGAGAAGUAUCUCAAGACCACGGUGUUUGGAAUGACUGGACACCUGCCUGACUUCUGCAUGCUCAUGGUGGGCAGUAAUGCAGGUAUCGUAGGGAUGACUAAGGAGCAUCUAGGUCUGGCCCUGGCCCUCAAUGUGCCUGUGUUCGUAGUGGUCACCAAGAUAGACAUGUGUCCUGCCAACAUCCUACAAGAGACGUUGAAGCUGCUCCAGAGGUUACUAAAGUCCCCAGGCUGCAGAAAGAUCCCUGUUCUGGUCCAAAACAAAGAUGACGUCAUCGUCACAGCCUCCAACUUCAGUUCUGAGAGGAUGUGUCCAAUCUUCCAGAUCUCCAAUGUGACAGGAGAGAACAUGGACCUGCUGAAGAUGUUCCUCAACCUGCUGUCUUCUAAAACCUCCUUCAGAGAAGACGAACCUGCAGAGUUCCAGAUAGAUGACACCUACUCAGUACCGGGUGUAGGCACAGUCGUUUCAGGGACUACUUUACGUGGAUUGAUACGUCUGAAUGACACAAUGCUGUUAGGCCCAGACCCACUAGGCAGUUUCCUCCCCAUUGCAGUCAAAUCUAUCCACAGGAAGAGGAUGCCAGUCAAGGAGGUGAGAGGUGGACAGACUGCCUCCUUCGCCCUCAAAAAGAUCAAGCGUUCGUCCAUAAGGAAAGGCAUGGUGAUGGUGUCCCCCAGGUUAAACCCACAGGCAUCAUGGGAGUUUAUGGCUGAGAUUCUGGUUCUGCACCACCCAACUACGAUAUCACCCCGCUACCAGGCCAUGGUGCACUGUGGCAGCAUCAGGCAGACAGCCACUAUCCUGACCAUGAACAGAGACUGUCUACGAACAGGGGACAAGGCAUCGGUCCACUUCCGCUUCAUCAAGACCCCCGAGUACCUCCACACAGACCAGAGACUGGUGUUCAGAGAGGGACGCACCAAGGCUGUGGGCACCAUCACCAAGCUGCUGCAGUCGACCAAUAAUCUGCCAUCAAACUUCAAACCCCCGCAAAUCAAAAUGCAGUCUACGAAAAAGGCCCCGUACCGCAGAGAGGAUGGAGCCACGCCAGCCAAUGAGGACGAAGCUAGCACAGCCCGACCAGACAGUCCGCACCAAUCGCAACAACCGACAGAGGGGGAGGCUGACCCUCAGAGUAAUGAGGGAAACAAAGAGAGCAAGACAAAGUCAGGAGGAGCGAGCAGGAGACGAGGAGGACAGAGACAUAAAGGCAAAUCAAACCAGAGCAGCUCCACCACAGCAGCCCUGUCAUCAGCAGGCACAGGAGGUUCCUAAACUACACCCCUCUCAGCCCUCAAACUACAGUACUUCCUCCAUCCACCUGUUUCAGCAGACUACUACCCCCCCCCUUCCCAAAACUACUCCACCACUAACCCCAGUCGAAAAAAAUGGGGUCGUAAAUGGCCCUGUCCCCACCUCUCUCCCUCUAUACCACCCUGCUAUCUAUCGCCUUAUCAAGUGUCUUUAUCACUCAUACCAGAGAAAGUCUUAAGAGGGACUAGGUGAAAAGCAGCUCCCGAAGGGGAGACACAGCUCUGUGCUUGUAGAUGGUUACCUCUGCCUCCUCAUCUUAACUCCGAUUAGUUUAGAAAGCAUCCUUAUAUUUACAGUAUAUGAACCUGAUAUGCCUUCUUUCAUUGGGUCUAUAGUGAGAAUCACUGUAAUACUGUGUAUAUUUAAUCAUGGGCCCGAAGUCACAACAUGAGCAGCUAUUCCCUUACAGUAGAGUAACCCAGCUCCAUGCACUAUAGCUCAUUGUUUCUCUGUUUAGCAGGCAUACUAGUUUCUCUCAUUUCCUAUUUACCACUAGAAUCCCCCAAUAUGACAUAAUGAAGCAUGUUUUCUAUUUAAUUUUAUACUAAAAUGUAAAGAUUAAUGAAAGGAAGGUCACAACUGUCAAAGUGAAUGGUACAUUUUAGUGGGCCUUCAUUUUGAGUGAAAUAUUGUAGAUAAGAUGUUUUAUUGGCUAUUUAUGGCCAUCAGUGAAACCAUAAGGAAACCCAGGGUUUGUCUGACUCAUCACAUACUUGUCCUUUCUCAUUUGGGAAAAAGUCCAUGGCCCGGAAACUGAUAAGCGGUUGAGUGUUUGUAGGCGAAAUUGAAAAAUAUCCUCCGCUCCUCGAUAGCCACCUUUCAUGGAGGCCAGUGAUGUGUAUCCUCUUCUCUGAAGAGUUAACAACUAUACCCCCUGUGAAUCAGCUGUUGUUUUCUGACAAAAACAUGCACAACUAAAUGCAUUUAUCACUUUUACACUGAUUUUGGGAUCACACCUGUAAAUGAAAUUUGCCUGAGCAGAGGAGUCAUUUCAUACAAGUUCCUAUUUUUCAGGAGGCAAGAGGAGUUGAAGGCCACUUGUCCUGUCUAAAAUAAAUUAUUCCAUUUACACUGAAAAAGGUUUAUUUAAGAAUAUAAUGUACACUUGAUUAGCAACUGUUUAAGUGAGACAUUGAUUGUAAUAAUAGUUGGUGCUGUUUGGACCAUCACUGUUUACAUAGUUGUGGAAUUCCAUUUGCUUCUGACAUUCACCAAUAAAACAGGCUUUAUUGAUCUCUGA